AAUGAAGUCGUGACUUUCUUUGUGUACCACACUUUCACAUGGCUUCAAUCUUCAGUACGGUCGAAAAAUGUUUGCCUGCUUUUUACUUUGCACGAAAAAGAUAAUUUUCUCCAGAUGAAAAGCUCAUCCUGUAUUGAAGCCAAGCUACUUUGAAGCGGGGAAAAAGGUUACUUUGUUGAAAACAGAAAUAAAGGGGAGAAAAAGACUAAAACCUUACAGGGCUUGCAUACGAUGCAUUGACUAUAAGAUAUGCUCCUCGCUCUCUCUCUCUCUCCCUCCCUCUCCCUUUCUCCCCUACCUUACAUGGUGACAAUCAUUAAGCCUCUGGCUGUAUAUCUCUAAACCCAAUCUUACUGGCGAGAUCUUGAGCCAUAUUUUUCAUAUACUUUUAUAUAAUCCAAAUAAGCAAUCAGUCUGCUUAAUUUAUUUCAUCAGACAGACUAUCGAUCGAGAAUCAUGCAUGAUUCAAUAGGAAUUCCUGCUUGCUUUACAUCUAGUGAUCAGAGGCAAGCUGAUGAGCCAGCCAGCGUAGGCAGAUCAGGCCAGAGCGUUUUUAUGUCAGUAUAUCGAACAAAGCUUGCCGGUCAGUGCCGCUUGAUUACUGUUACAUGGUGCAGGAAUUUGUUACUACAUGGUCUAUCUGUUUCUGUUCAAGGACCUGACGGCGACGAGCAUUACAGGUGCAAAGUUGAGCUGAAGCCAUGGUAUUUCUGGAGAAAACAAGGCUCCAAGCAUUUUAUUGUUGAUGGUAGGACUGUUGAUGUGGUUUGGGACCUCAAGGCCGCAAAAUUCAAUGGUGAGACCGAGCCGCGAUCGGAUUACUAUGUUGCCAUCAUUUGUGAAGAUGAAGUAGUUUUACUUCUUGGUGAUCAAAAGAAAGACGCUUACAGAAAGACAGGUUGUAGGCCAUCUCUUAUUGAACCGAUGUUAGUCUCCAGGAGGGAACAUAUAUUUGGUAAGAGGAAGUUCUCCACAAGGGUUAAGUUUAAUGACAAGGGGACCUUUCAUGAUAUCUCAGUCGAAUGCAACAAUAGCAUCAGCAGCAACAGCAGCUCUGAUGCUUUUGAUCCAGUAUUGGAGAUAAGAGUAGAUGGGAAACUAGCUAUUCAGGUUAAGCACCUUCAGUGGAAAUUUAGAGGCAAUGAGUCCAUUAAUGUGGGAAAAAGUGGAGUAGAAGUUUUCUGGGAUGUUCACGAUUGGCUCUUUGGUUCUGGGCCAAGGCAUGGUCUUUUCAUAUUUAACCCAAUUCCAUCAUCUUCUGUAUCGCCAUCAUCAAUAUCAGCUCCAUCAUCCCCUCCAACAUCAUCGUGGACAUCGAUGCCUGUGUCAAAUCAGGAAGUGAAUUCUGCAUCAGGAGAUUAUAAUAAUGCAGGGGGUUCCUCCAGGUUCUGCUUAUUUCUAUAUGCCUGGAAGGUGGAAUGAAAAUUGUACUGUGCAUGGCACAUGAGUGGUUCCUUCUAACAUUAUCAUUACUAUAUCAUCAUCAUCAUCAUCAUUCAUGCAUCGUUUCCUGUGAAUUAAAAGCCGGUCAAACUGAUUGAGUUUUCAUAUUCAAAUAGAAAGAAAUGAAGGAUUAGGCUUUGGUUACCAACAUAAGGGCCCAAAGAAAGCUGGAAGAUGGCACUGGUGGACAGGAUUGGACAGGCCAGAUUGGACGACCUUGGAAGUUUUCCAAUAAUUCUCCAAUCUCCAAUACCAAUCAAGACUUUCAAAUGGUUUGUAAUGUAGUUAUAUAGAUAUAUAUUUGAAAUAUAUUGCGUGUGGCAACAGACGGUCAACAGUGUUUAUAAUGAUGUAUGAAUCCGGCAAAAACAGCUGAUAUGUAGGAUGAUAUUUUGCAGUUGAUGGUGAUUGAAUCACCAAUUGGCAAGAGCCCGUGCAUACGCGUGCGUUUAGUGGAAAUGGAACCUGUUGGUUCUCUCUUUUUUUCAAUAAACGGUUGUUGUAGCUUUACAUGUGA